UUCAUAUAACGAACUCAAAAGCAGCCUUUUCUUCCAAAUAAUCUCCUCGAAACAGAAAAAUGUGAUCUACGUAGGAGUUUAUUUUGGAGGAAAGCAAAACCACAGCAGGGUAACACGGGAAGUUGUAAUAUUUUCGUGGAUCCUUAUUGGCUGGAGCAGUCAAAGACAUCCUGUAAUAAGUGGUGCGAAAAUGCGCUCGUUUUUACCUGCAGUGGCCGAACAACUUUUCCAAGACAUACAGAAAACAUACCAGGAGGCUUCUCAAAUUCCCAAUGACCUGCUGAUUGCGCUGAAGUUUGUCUUCGGGUCUUGUGCGUUACAGGCUUUGGAUUUGGUUGACCAGCACUCAGUCACCUGUUUGACAGCUCCCAGUGGACGCAAGGCCUUUCAGGUAACGGGAGGUUCGGGACGUUUGUACACUUGCUUCUUGUCCUGCCACUACUGCCCAUGUCCAGCCUUUGCCUACAGUGUGCUACGUAGAAAUGACGGCCUGGUGUGCAAACAUAUCCUGGCUGUGUACCUGAGUCAGGCUAUGGCUGCGACUCAGCAGGAAAGCGUAUCUGAUCAGCAGAUGUCCCUGCUGCUCAGUGGGACCAUGGACCCGUGACUGCAGGUAGAUCGACACACCUGGCCCUGCAGAAGCAUGCGCCGGAGCACCGAGCAUCCUGAAUAGAAGCCAGUGUAGUGACAUUCAUGACACAGCAGGGAACGCUGUUAUGUCUCUCUGAAAGACCACAGAUGUUGUUCUAUUCAUCUUUUCUUUUGGAAGAGUUCUUAAUCUGUUUUCAAGGAAAUAACAUCUGUUUCCUGAAUAUGGACUGCUCUAUAUUUGGUCUCCUUUUAUCUGAAACUGUCAGUUCAUGAGGCAGCAUCUUCAUACUGAAAGCACUUAAGAAGCUUUCCAGUGUGGGAAAUUUAGACUGUCACAUGGUUUGCAAUUUUAACCUCGGGGGGAAAAAGCUGGCGUUUAACAAUAUAAACAUUGCCUUUAUUAACAAAAUAGUUCACCAUACAUACAGCUUUUAUCAUGUUAAAUAGCAAUAUCAGUUAGCAGUUUUGUUGGAGAAACCAAAGAAUGGCCUCUGGAAAACUUGAACAUCAGCUUGACCACAGAGGAAGUUUUUCCUGAUUAGUAGCAACUCUGACAGACAGGUACUUCGAAAUGAAAGGCAGGAAUGUUGAAUUCAGUCAACUUAUUUCGACUUACUGUUGAACUUGAAAAAGAAGGCAAUAGUUUGACAUCGAUAGCUGGCUGAGAAAAGCUGAACACCUACAGUACUUUUUUUUUUUUUUUUUUUUUUUUUUACACACAUCAGUCAACAUAGACAGUAAUACAACGUUACAGUGCAUUUACAGUGUAGAUGUCUCCAUUGGAAUGUACUAAACGCUGCACACUCCUGUAUUAUAGCCCUUGAAUUUAGUCAGAGGUGGAUCACUGCACACAAAAGCAAAUGAAGUGGGGGAGAUAAUGAAGCACUGGAGGCAGACGCUACGCUUGUUUUAACAUCAACAAAACGUGGUUCGACACCACCAGUGAAGCACAGCUAACAGGAAAUGAUCAGAAAUGUCAGUGCAAAGCUCUCAUUUGUGUAGUGAUGGGUCUCUGUUGACCAAAACACCUGCUCAUUUUCACUCAAGGUGUGAGAAUUCAAAUAAAACCGCUGUGCUCGGGUUAAUCUUACAUGCUCUUGUAUAUGCUGAGCUUUGAAAGUUACAGCAUCAUAAGGGGCACUGUGAGGUUUGCUGCACUAUGAGCACCACUGAGAGUGUGUAACAAAUUAUUUCUCUAGUGUUACCCUAUCCUUUAUUCUUUUUUUUUUUUUACUUCAGUUAGACUCAGUUAAAACGGCCAUGUUUACUUAAAUUAAAAAGCUAAUGUCGGUGCAGUCUUGACGACUGGCUUCACUAACAGGGCCUCGGGAUUCCAGCUGAGACUGUCUAUGUGGGGGAGGGCAUUGUCAGCUGUACUCCUGAGGCAAGUCACAUUCAUUUAUUCCCAAAUAAAUCAAAGCAGUGAUGCUUUAUGCCUUUAAGUGCUUGGAUACAGAAUAAUAAAUCAAAUCGCAAUGAUCUGAAGAAUCAAGUUUGACUUGGCUUUCAGGUCUGCUACAGUAUCUACAGUAUGUCAUCAUGUGGCUCAAUAGAAAGCAGCUUUGCACAGAUGCAAUGUUUCCAUGAAGGGUGCAAUCAGUUAUUCCUCUUCCUGAGCAUUUGAAAAUGUAAAUCAUGCAGAGCACAACCACACGUGUUGUGUUGAACUGCAUCAUAUUAAUGGGUCUGCCUUCGCUCAAAUCAAAUUGUGCUAUUUUUCUGCAGCUGCAAGACAAAGUUGGUGAAUCCUUUGGAAUUACAUGGAUUUCUAUAUCGAUUCUCCAUGAAACAUGGUCUGAUCUUUAUCUAGGUCACAAAUAUAGAUGCACAGAAUCUGAAUAAAGUGGUUACAAAGAAAUGACUGUACUUUCAUCGCUCACAGUGCCAGGGCGGAAAACCUAACUGCACUUCUGUGCUCACAACUACUCUAAAAGUUACUUGAAGACAAAGGUUCUCCAGUUAAGGAGAUGAGAGGGUGUGGGUUAUAGGACUUUGAAAAUCCCCCCCCCCCCCAAAAAAAAAGAG